UCGGCCAGGGGCGGGGCAGACCCUCCCAGCCAGGACCAGCCCCAGUCUCCCCGCCCCUGGGCCCUGAAAGAAAUAGGGACCCGGCCCUGGGCCUUGUGUAGUGGGAGGGGGAGCUAGGAAGCAGCUGAGGGCAGAGUCCAGGAGGGCCUGGCUGCGGGGGAAUGAAGCCUCCGCCUUCUCAGGCAAAAGCCUUUAAAUACGGGCUCAGGCCCGGGACUCAGAGUGUAACGCGUGGCAGCCUGAGGGAGGGGCGUGCGCCGAGAGGGAGCUCAGACGGAGCGGGGCGCGGGUGGAGAAGCUGCGGCGGCGCGGCCCGUAGGAAGGUGCUGUCCGAACGAUCGGGAUAGGAGCGGUCCCUGCGCUUGCUGCUGGGAAGUGGUACAAUCAUGUUUGAAAUUAAGAAGAUCUGUUGCAUCGGUGCAGGCUAUGUUGGAGGACCCACAUGUAGUGUCAUUGCUCAUAUGUGUCCUGAAAUCAGGGUAACGGUUGUUGAUGUCAAUGAAUCAAGAAUCAAUGCGUGGAAUUCUCCUACACUUCCUAUUUAUGAGCCAGGACUAAAAGAAGUGGUAGAAUCCUGUCGAGGAAAAAAUCUUUUUUUUUCUACCAAUAUUGAUGAUGCCAUCAAAGAAGCUGAUCUUGUAUUUAUUUCUGUGAAUACUCCAACAAAAACCUAUGGAAUGGGGAAAGGCCGGGCAGCAGAUCUGAAGUAUAUUGAAGCUUGUGCUAGACGCAUUGUGCAAAACUCAAAUGGGUACAAAAUUGUGACUGAGAAAAGCACAGUUCCAGUGCGGGCAGCAGAAAGUAUCCGUCGCAUAUUUGAUGCAAACACAAAACCCAACUUGAAUUUACAGGUGCUGUCCAACCCUGAGUUUCUGGCAGAGGGAACAGCCAUCAAUGACCUAAAGAACCCAGACAGAGUACUGAUUGGAGGGGAUGAAACUCCAGAGGGCCAGAGAGCUGUGCAGGCCCUGUGUGCUGUAUAUGAGCACUGGGUUCCCAGAGAAAAGAUCCUCACCACUAAUACUUGGUCUUCAGAGCUUUCCAAACUGGCAGCAAAUGCUUUUCUUGCCCAGAGAAUAAGCAGCAUUAACUCCAUAAGUGCUCUUUGUGAAGCAACAGGAGCUGAUGUAGAAGAGGUAGCAACAGCGAUUGGAAUGGACCAGAGAAUUGGAAACAAGUUUCUAAAAGCCAGUGUUGGGUUUGGUGGGAGCUGCUUCCAAAAGGAUGUUCUGAAUUUGGUUUAUCUCUGUGAGGCUCUGAAUUUGCCAGAAGUGGCUCGUUAUUGGCAGCAGGUCAUAGACAUGAAUGACUACCAGAGGAGGAGAUUUGCUUCCCGGAUCAUAGAUAGUCUGUUUAAUACAGUAACUGAUAAGAAGAUAGCUAUUUUGGGAUUUGCAUUCAAAAAGGACACUGGUGAUACAAGAGAAUCUUCUAGUAUAUAUAUUAGCAAAUAUUUGAUGGAUGAAGGCGCACAUCUCCAUAUAUAUGAUCCAAAAGUACCUAGGGAACAAAUAGUUGUGGAUCUUUCUCAUCCAGGUGUUUCAGAGGAUGACCAAGUGUCCCGGCUCGUGACCAUUUCCAAGGAUCCAUAUGAAGCAUGUGAUGGUGCCCAUGCUGUUGUUAUUUGCACUGAGUGGGACAUGUUUAAGGAAUUGGAUUAUGAACGCAUUCAUAAAAAAAUGCUAAAGCCAGCCUUUAUCUUCGAUGGACGGCGUGUCCUGGAUGGGCUCCACAAUGAACUACAAACCAUUGGCUUCCAGAUUGAAACAAUUGGCAAAAAGGUGUCUUCAAAGAGAAUUCCAUAUGCUCCUUCUGGUGAAAUUCCGAAGUUUAGUCUUCAAGAUCCACCUAACAAGAAACCUAAAGUGUAGAGAUUGCCAUUUUUAUUUGUGAUUUUUUUUUUUUUUUUUUGGUACUUCAGGAUAGCAAAUAUCUAUCUGAUAUUAAAUGAUAAAUGAACCAAGUUUUUUUUUUUGUUUUUGUUUUUUUUGCUUUUUUUUUUUUUUUUGAGACAGAGUCUCACUGUUGCCCAGGCUGGAGUGCAGUGGCACGAUCUCGGCUCACUGCAAGCUCCGCUUCCCAGGUUCACGCCAUUCUCCUGGCUCAGCCUUCCAAGUAGCUGGGACUACAGGUGCCUGCCACAAUGCCCAGCUAAUUUUUUUUUGUAUUUUUAGUAGAGACAGGGUUUCACCGUGUUAGCCAGGAUGGUCUCAAUCUCCUGACCUCGUGAACCACCUGUCCCGCCCUCCCAAAGUGCUGGGAUUACAGGCGUGAGCCACCGCGCCUGGCCCAUAAACCAAGUGUUUUUAAGGAAACAAAACUAUUUUUUUAAUCAUCAGAUUUAUACUAGCUAUAUGGAUAUUAGCAUAUCUGGUAAUUAUGAAUCUAGAAUUUUUUUACAUAUUUUUAUAAUACUGUUAACCCAGUUAUUGGAUGAGUGAAAUAUAAUCAUGUUGGUUUUAAUAGUGUCAAUUUUUGUAAAAUAAAAAUUAAACUUCAAACACUUUACUUUUUAAAUUGUCCAUAGGCCGCACUUUAAUAUCACAUUAUAAAGGGAAGGACAGUCUUCAUUUUUCCUGGUUAUUGGUUUGCUUGUCAUUAAAUAUGUAUUUUGAAUCCAUGAAAUUGCUAUGCUAAAUAGCCUUUACAUGUAUGGUCUGAUUAAAGUUCCUUUGUUCUUUUUGUUUUAAUAAAAUGCAUCACUGAUUUUUCAGCUCAAAAUCAUCACUGUUAAUUUCCAGUCACCCCAAAUAUGGUUAAAAGAUUUUUUUUUUUAAUCAUGAAGAGAAAAUUAGUAGUAGUGUUUCUUUCUCUCCCCAUUAUUUCUUGGUUUUCCUCACUAAUCUUUUUUUUUUUAGUCCAAAAGCCAAAAAUAUUUAUCUUGGUUUUACAUUUUAAUUUCCAUUCUUAAUUGUAAUUUUUUUCUUUAAAUAAGGAAACCAAUAUAAUCUCAUGUAUAAAAACUUAAAUAUUUUACAAGUUACAUAUAGCAUCAUUCUAAAAUAAGAAUUUUUUUUGUUUUCUGUCUGUUUUUUUCUUAUGUCUCUUAUUGAGUUUUACAUUUUCAGUGGUUAUUUUUGCUUGUGUUAGAACAUUAUUAAAAUAUAUCCAAUGUCCCUUUGAUAACUUGUGCUCUGCUGAGAAUGUACAGUUUGCAUUAAACAGCCCAGGUCUCAUCCUUCAGGAAUUUUGCAGUUCAAUGAGAAGAGGGAGACAAAUAUAAAGACGAGGACAGAAGCAUCUGUACAGAUGAAAAUUACAUAAAUAAAACAUUCUCCAUCAACAA